AUGGCGGCGGGAGCUUGCCGGAUGGUGCGAGGAGUCCCGCUGUCUUCGGAGGCGGCGAAUUCCGGCAACCAAAGCAAGUCGAAUGGACCUGGAAACGACGAACGUCACGAUGAAUUGGGUUGCAGAAGAGUCAAUGGCCUCUUUAGUUCCCGGAGCAGGUUGUGUGUAAACGAGGCCUUGAGCACAAAGCCCCCGAUGCACCACCGUCGACCUGCUCCAGUUCCGUCUGUCUUUUGUAGAUCUUCCAAUCAAGCCCAAGCCAACAUGGGUCUUGUCGAAAAGGCUGGACACAACUGGGAUUUUGUAUGGCUUCGUAGAACCCAUAAAAGCUCUCUGAGACUCGGUGAAGAUGCAGUUAAGCGUUGGCCAUUUGAGACAGGGUCUACUUUUCCGGUCAUUUCGGGUGCUGAGACAUCGCGAAUGAUAUGUGCUCGUUUACGAGGUGAGGGAUCGGCAGGGCUUUUCCAGAAUGUUUGCCAUGUGCCGGGUGUUCCCGUCGCGGUACGACAGACGAAUGCUCUGACGACUUCUCGGUGCAACUCUAAAGCGUAA